CCCUCAGACCUGUGUUCAAACACCAGAUAAAGAUCUUGUAUAAACAUGAGCUGUAAACAUGCAGUAGUAGAAGUCUCCACACACACACCCCCCCUCAGACCUGAGAGCUUCUCCUGCUCCUUCACACUGCCACAUGUGCACACGUACACACGUACACGUGCUCUGUGUGCAGCUGUGCCAAUGAUCGUGUGAAGUGGAGGUAACUGAAGGACACUGACCUGGGCUCGUGACAGGAUUUAAGAAUAAAAACUGUUUUGAAUCUUGAAUAGAUUUAUUAGCUCUUGUUUCAUCAUGAUUGUAAAUGAGCUCACACUGUGCCUGACCUGUGUCCAGCGGACUGACUGAUUUGUGGGUCCAGUGACAGUUUGUCCACUCAUGUGGAGAAGUCGACUGUUUCCUGAGUCUUUUAACAUCAGUGUGUCCCCAAGGCAGCUGUGACUCCCUGUUUUUGUGUUGGAACUCAGUCUUCCUUCAUGACCCGCGGCUGCAGAGUUCAAUCAUCAGUUUGGAUCAGUUUAACUCGGCGCAUGUCCCGGUGUCCCGGUGCUUGGUAGUCUAGUCUAUGCGCCUAGAACUACGCUUAGUGCCGGUGCGCGGUGCCGGUGCGCGCUGGCGGUGCGCGCUGGCAGUGCGCUUAGUGUAACCGGCUUGUCUCUAAUCAGAUUACGGCUGUGUGUCCUCCGGAGCGUCGCUGUCUGACUCCAGCGGCCGUAAAGUGAACACCUCUCUGGGGACAUGAGCUCCGCGGCGGGCAUCGACUACAGCGCCUGGGACCACAUCUACGUGUCGGACGAUGAGGACGCGACCAGUCCGUUCGUGGACACCGCGAGUCUGUUCAGGAUGAGACACCGGUCCCGCCUGGAGCGCAUGGCUGACUUUGAGCAGAGAGGAGAAGAUCUGGAGAGGAAUUUCACUGAGUGUAAGAGACGGAUUGGACAGACCGAGGACAGGCUGAAAGAGCUGGGAGACAGCGGACAGGAGACAGAGGACCACCAGGAGAAGGAGAAGGUCCAGAAGGAGCUGCAGAAGCUGAGGAAACAUCUACAGAAGUUUGAGAAGAUGCUGGAGGAGCACAGGCGUGAGAAGAAGAAGCAGCCGUGGAAUGUGGACACCAUCAGCAAAGAGGGCUUCAGCAAGAGCGUUCUGAACAUAAAGGCCGAAGCUCCAGAGCCUACGGACCAGGAGAAGGCCCAGAAACACCAGAGCUUUGUGGACACGUACAGCAGCCAGAUCAGACACUUUGGUCUGCUGCGGCGCUGGGAUGACAGUCAGAGGUUCCUGUCGGAGCACCCUCAUCUGGUGUGUGAGGAGACCGCCUCCGCUCUGGUGCACAUCUGCAUCAGCAUGGAGCAGGAGCAGAAACAGGCUCUGAUGGGGCAGGUGGCUCACCAGGCCAUCGUCAUGAAAUUCAUCCUAGACUUGGCUGAGACGCUCCAGGUGGACCCCAGAGGCUGCUUCAGGCACUUCUUCUCCAGAAUCAAGACUGCAGAUCAGAUGUAUCUGGAUGCCUUUGACAGAGAGGUGGAGCUACUGAAGCAGCGCGUGAGGAGCUGUGCCCAGAGAAGAGAGGAGGAAGAGGAGGAAGAGGAGGAGCAGAGAGCAAGGAGACUAGGACCUGGUGGACUGGACCCUCAGGAGGUCUACAGCUCCCUGCCACAGGAGAUGCAGCGGGGUUUUGCAGAGAAGAACAUGGAGCUGCUGCAGAGGGCCAUGGACACUCUGCACCCUGAGGAGGCUAAGUACCACCUGAGGAGAUGCAUCGACUCUGGUCUGUGGGUCCCAGACUGUGGGGAGGACAAGGAGGAAGACGAAGAGGAGGACGAGGAGGAGGAGGAGCAGGAGGAGGAGCAGGAGGAGGAGCAGGAGGAGGGUGCUGAAAAAGAAGGAUGCAAAUGAAAUGAAACCAAUGAAACUUCCUCUUCGGACAUAAUGGACUUUAAUGGUUAAAAUGUCUUUACAAAUGAGAUACACAAAUACACAAUAUAAAGAGUUUUGGAGGUUUUCUAUCCCCAACACUCACUUAGUGUUAAUGUCACACUUGUAACAUUUCGAUACUAAGGAACUGCUCCCAUGAUGAAGAUAAAACAGGCUCUUUUUUAGUAAUAGAAUGUCAUAGUCUGAGUCAUAUUUAAUACAGACAGAGUUGUGUGUGUACAGUCAGUUCUAGUCACCAGUAGAAAUGAUCAGGUUCAACAUUUGUCAGUUUACCUUUUGGAGAUUUCAGGCAGUAUGACAUCCUCACAUUCUAGAACAGGGGUCACCAAACUUUUUUCUCUGGGGGCCACAUUAUGGCUCCUGACUGUGAUGGGGGCCGGGGUCGGGUCAGCUGUUUAACAGAAUUAUAUGAUCCUGACGACGCAGAUUUUUUUUUUUU